UCAUUUAUAUGUGAAAGUUCAAAAUUGUGCAAAAAACGCGAUUUAAAGUCGGAAUAUAUUUCAUAUUUUACAACUGAUCCCUGUUUAGGAUAAAGCUUUGAGUUUUUCUGUGUUCUCAAUGAUGACAGAAGUUUAUGCUGAACCAGUGCCUGGCUCCAAUCAAACCGAAGCUGCACAACUUCUGGCAAGUUUCUGGACAAGGCAAACACAGGAGAUCAGAACAAUGUCUGACUUCAAGACACAGGAACUGCCACUGGCUAGAAUUAAGAAAAUUAUGAAACAAGAUGAAGAAGUCAAGAUGAUCAGUGCUGAAGCGCCAGUCCUUUUUGCAAAAGCUGCGGAGAUAUUCAUCAAUGAACUAUCGCUGCGUGCCUGGGUCCACACCGAAGACAAUAAACGAAGAACUCUUCAGAGAAAUGAUAUAGCAAUGGCGAUCACAAAAUAUGACAUGUUUGAUUUCUUAAUCGACAUCGUACCGCGCGAUGACUUGAAACCUAACAAAAGACAAGAAGCUAUGCGCCAUAGCGGUCAUACAAUAAUGGCGCCUCAAGAUCAAGUGCAGUACUAUUUUCAACUUGCUCACCAGUACCAGCAGCAACAACCACACGCAGUUCAAACCGCCCCAACUCAAGCGCAACCAAUUCAGGUUGGCACGCAACAACAAGCGGCCAUUAUUGGAGGAAUAACGCAACCACAGCAAGGUGCUGUCGUGGUUACAAUGGCGUCGGCUCAGCCCCAACUAAUACAAACACAACCACACGAGCAAAGUGAAAUUACGUAUCAACUUCCUUUUGCGAAUUCGAUGCAGUACCUGAACCGCAUGCAGCAAAUGCAGCUGCAACAACAGCAACAGACGCAGCAACAAGGGCAACAACCCGCGCAACAAACGCAGCAACAAGCGACAACAGUUCAAGUGCAAGGUAUCGUAACGUCUCAACCGCAAGUUGCUCAGGUGCAACAGCAACCAAAUACUCAAACACAACAAGCACAAGUUGGUCAACAGCAAGUGCAAGUAGCGGGUCAGGAUGUUCAGCAAGCAGCAGCCAACGCACAGAAUGUCGGACAAAAUCUUGCACAAAAUACAGUUCCUUCCCAACAACACACAGAGUAUACACAGUUUGGCGGUCAGCUUUUCCAGAUCCAAACGGCCGCAGGACAAGGUGGAACACAACCAGUCUUUAUUGCAGCUCCUGCCCCUGACCAAACACAACAGCAGGCUCAACAAACCCAGUCCGCUCAACCGACACAGCCAAACCAGGCAACGGACACUGAACUAUCGCAGAGCACUGAUCAACAACAAUCGCAGUGAAACCGUCAGUGAUGUAUAUAGUUAUGUAGGUAAAUAUAUAUUAAUAUUCUUUCAGUAUUAUGACUGGAAGGAUCCACUGUAUCCAGACUAGUUGCAGGACAGAUUUGAAGUUAUUUAUGAAUUUUUAUUGCUUUACAACAUAUGUUCGACGUGGUCCCAUUGCGUAUUAAACAAACAUCGUGAUUCAUCUAAAUUUCCACAAGAAUUUUACCACAGCUGGAAACAGCAUGACAAAAUUUGACAAAAUUAAUAAAAUUCGUAUGUUUUGUUUGAAAAAACUAUAUAACUCGA